GAGAUUUUUAGGUUGUCUAUAUGUUUAAUUUUUUGUUGGGUUUGCGAGAAAUAAGAGAAGCAAUUUAUAUCAGCGAAUUUUGUAUUUGUUUUUAUCCAAUUCCAGGAUUUUUUUGUUUGUGAUAUAUGGUGAGAAUUUGUAUCGAUACUUUCCAACUUCCAACCCUAGUAGAGUUCAUGUAGAGUUGUCAAAACUUUACCAGCCAAGACAACCUUCAAUUAAAAGGAGUGUAUGUCAAUUUAUUUUUUGGAUAAACUUCAUAAAUCUCGUAUUAAAAGUGGGUUAAGUAACGUAGUUAAUUCCCGCUGUAGUUUAAAAUUUCCGAUCAUACUAUCAUCUAAGAUCCAGAAUCGUUUAAAAAAAUGGAUUUGAACUUCUCAGCUUUCCAAGAGCCCAGAGGGGUAAUGAGAAUACUUCAUUUUGUAUUUUCAAUUUGUGCAUUCGCAACAAUUGUUGACUAUACAGGCUAUAUCACUCUCUUAUGUGAUAAAAAUUCACAAAUAGAAUUUUCAUAUCCAUUCAGUAUAAGUGUAGCUAAAUCUGUAAAUAAUAAUAAUAGCUGCACAGUUUCCAUAUCUAAUGAUUUUUCGUCUGAUGCAAAAUUUUUCGUCGCCACAGGAGUGCUAGCCAUGCUUUAUUCCAUAGCUAUUAUAUUAGUCUAUGCUAAAAUGGAUGAGGCUUAUAAGGCAAAUAAAAAGUAUCCGCUUUACGACUUUUUAAUAACAGUAUUUUUGGCAGUUCUUUGGUUAUCUAGUAGUGCAGCUUGGGCUAAUGGAUUAUCAGGGUUAAAGUCAGCAACUAGCAAUCCUUCUUUUAGUACCCCCGACUGUUGUAAAAUUGUUACUAGCAGUUAUUCAACACUUAACAUCUCUGUGAUUUUUGGAUUUUUGAAUUUUUUCCUUUGGGCUGCUGAUCUAUGGUUCUUGUACAAAGAGACUGAAUGGUUCCAAGGUGCCCAAGUUCAAUCCUCUGGUGGAGUUUAGAAUUGUUGCUAAAAUUUCCUGCAGCCAUAAAUACUUCUAACUGUAAUUACCUGUAUUUAACAUUAUUUUUACCAUUUUUUUAUACCUUACACCAGUUUGAUUUCUACUUAUUUAUCCAUACUUACAUAGUUAAGAUAUGUACAAAGCAUGAGAGAGAGUCUGUAGUUUCACACAAAAUAAUAUACUUAAUAUGUAAUAAAGUGAUCCCUAUAUCUACCUGU